AUGGCCAUCACAAUCAUCCAGCCAAAGCCAGUCUCCCACCAUGACGAGUCCAUCAACGACUCCGACUCCGAUUCCGACUCCAGCGGCGGAAUAGAUCUCGAUGGCGACGUAUCCAUGACUGCCAAGUCCCUCCGCCAUGCCGAACUCGACCUCGUCACCCCAGGCGAAGUAAUCACCGACGAUGCGCAAUGGAUGAGGGGACACGGCACCUACAUCCCUGCCGGCACCACAAACAUCACCUCCUCCGUCGCCGGCACCGUCACCAAAACCAACAAGCUCAUCUCCGUACGCCCCCUCCGCGCCCGCUACACCCCCGAAAUCGGCGACCUCGUAGUAGGCCGCAUCACGGAAGUCCAAGCGCGGCGGUGGCGCGUCGACGUGGCCUCGUCCCAGCUCGCCAUCCUGCAGCUCAGCGCCAUCAACCUGCCUGGUGGCAUCCAGCGGAAGCGCACGGAGACGGACGAGCUGCAGAUCCGGUCUUUUUUCGCCGAGGGGGAUCUCGUCGUCGCUGAGGUUCAGACGCUGCAUGGUGAUGGGGCGGCGGCGCUUCAUACGCGGUCGUUGCGGUACGGAAAGUUGAGGAAUGGUAUCUUUUUGAGCUUGACGGGUGUGGGUGGUGGUGGUGGCGUCGUGAGGGCCAAGAGGCAGAUUUGGACGAUGGAGACGAAGGCGGGUAAGAUUGAUGUCGUGCUGGGCGUGAAUGGGUAUAUCUGGAUCUGCAAGCAUAUCGAGAGCGAGAGCGCUGCUGAUUUGGGCGCCGCGGGGUUGCAUCGGUUGGAUGAGAUGGUGAGCUUGAAUAUGUAUUCGAGCCAGAAUGAUCAUAUCGAGGUCGGGAUGAUGCGCGAGAUUGCGAGGAUACGCUGCGUCAUUGUCGCUCUGGUGGAGAACGGGUUGAGGGUUGAUGAGGAUAUGGUCUGUAGGGGUUACGAGUUGGCGGUCGAGUUGGGCAACGAGGAUAUGGAGGAUAGCGUUUACCUUGGUGGUGAACGAGGGGAGAGGCUAGCCGCCGAGUUACGAAAGAAGUAG